AUGGGAAACUGUCAGGCAGCCAAGAUGGGAAACUGUUUAGUCGUCAGCAACAACCACAACAACAACAACAAGAAGAGACGGAAGCAUGUCGACCACGAACAUGGCAAACAAUUACCAUUGACGCACGCAAUGGACCACAACAAACAGAUGGACGGCAUUACGGACGAUGAAACCCCCAACGCAGCUCCCUCUUCCGAUAUCAGCGAUACGGAACAAGAAAUAGCCUCCAGCAAUAUUGAAAUGAUAUCGAAUGCCGAUGGCAAUUCCAAGGACCCACUGGAUGUGACGGAUUCCCGUGAUAGACCCAGUAGUACUCGUGCGCUUCACAAGCAAGGAAAGUUGAGUGAAGCCUUACGGGUGGCAACCUUGCUGCACAAGGAUGGAUAUCUGGAAGAAGCGGUGGAAAUGUACGAAAAGUCGCUGGAUAUUUACAGUAAAACCAUUGGGGAGGAUCACUUGCCCAUGGCCACAAUAUACAACAAUAUUGGUUUGGCGCUAGCGGGACAAGAAAAGAAGAAUGAGGCACUUGCCAUGUAUGAAAAAUCCAUAGAUAUUUACAAGAGAACCGUGGGGGAGGAUUGUGUUUCUGUAGCAAAUACUUACAACAACAUUGCCAAUAUCCUUGGCGAUCAAGGAAAACUGGACAAGGCGUUAGAGGUCUACGAAAAGGCAAUUGAUAUCAAAAAGAAGACUGUCGGUGAGAAUAGUCCAUCUUUAGCGGAUACUUACAACAACACUGGCUUUGUACUGGAAGACAAGGGUGAACCAGAAAGGGCUAUGGUGCUUUACAAAAAGGCACUAGAGAUAUACACGUCCAACUAUGGUGAUUCGCAUCCAUCCAUUGCUGGCAGCUACAACAAUAUCGCGUCGCUACUCAAUACGCAAGGUGACCUCGACGAGGCCAUGGAAGCUUAUCAAAAAUCGCUGGAGGUCAGCAAAAAGGUUUACGGUGACGAUCACCAAAGUGUUGGAGAAAUCUACAGCAAUAUUGCCAGUGUACUGAUUCGUGAAGAUCAAUUGGAGGCUGCUGUCGAAAAGUAUGAAGAAGCGCUCAAGAUAUUCACCAAACACUAUGGAGAGGAUCACACAUCGCUCGCCUUUGUCUACAAUAACAUGGCAUCCAUACUUCGAGCGCUUGGGAACUUGGAACGAGCCAUGGAGGUAUCCAGAAAGUCGUUGGAAAUUGAAAAGAAAAUCAAGGGUGAAUACCAUCCAUCGGUUGGACAUACCUACAACAACAUGGCUGGAAUUUGCUUGCGAGAAGGCAAAUUGAAAAUUGCACUGGAAAUGUAUCAGCAGUCACUGGUAAUCAAUGAAAAUAAUUAUGGAAAAGAGAGUACCUUUGUGGCAGAGACCUACAAUAACAUUGGGAUCGUCCUCCAACAUCAAGGAAAGCACGAAGAGAGUUUGCAAAUGUACAUGAAGUCAUUGGAGAUUAAAAUUCAUGUGGUCGGUGAGGAACAUGUCUCGAUCGCCGAUACUUGUUACAAUAUGGGUUUAUUAUUAAAGGCUAGUGGCAAACCAAGAGAUGGCCUACGAAUGCUACGAAAGGCCAUUAUUAUUUAUCGAAAACGAUUGGGCUCGGAAGAUCUCAAACUGAAACGAGUUCAACAGGUCUAUGAAACGGAAAAGCGACGACUGCAACAAAUAGAACAAGAAUCACAACAACGGCAAGAAGAAGAAUAA